UGCCCUUGAAAAUACGAUACUAAAUUACUAAGUGUUUGACCCGGUCCAGUUCAUCCGAUCUACCAUCUCUCAGCCAGACAGUCGUACGCUAAUAGCUCUCUCCUUUUCCAUCUCCUCUUCCCCUUAGGUCAGACGCAGUCUACACCGUUCGUCUAAUGUCCUGAGUGUUGCCGGAGGAGAGCCAAAAUCCUGCUGAUCAACUGCCAAAAUCACGAUGAUGUGACAGUGACUUUGUCAUUUUCAGGCGGGGACAGUUAUCCCAGGCGGUCCAGCUUUUAUAUAUAGAGAGAAAUUUUCAGGCGGCAUAUCUCUUGGAUAUGCUAAGUAGAUCCAAAUAUUGCUGCAUAACAGUCGAAGGAAUAAAUUAAGCUCCACAGAUUGAUUUUGCACAGAAUUUACUCAAAGAUGGAGUCUUUAUGGAGGCUGUUGUUUUUGCUUGAACCAGCUCCACUCUCACUCAUUUUGACUGCAGUACUUGUCUCGUAUGCGUCUGCAUUUCGAGCUCUGAACUAUGGAAAAGAUAUGGAGCGAAAUCGUGAUUUAUCAGAGGCAUCAAUCACCUUAGACAGAUCUCAAGCCCUAAUGAUCCCUAUAAUGAGCUCCUUCAGCCUGCUUAUGAUGUUUUAUUUGUUCUCUUCUAUGGCACAACUUCUCACGGCUUUCACUGCUGUUGCCUCAGCAUCAUCACUCUACUUUUGUCUGUCACCUUAUUUUGCUCAAAUUAAGUCCUCUUAUGGAUUACCUGACCCUUACGUAUCCAAAUGUUGUGCCAAAUCAUUUACCCGAAUCCAGUUGUUUCUGACAGUGAUAUGUGUUAGUAUAGUUUUAUCAUGGCUUGUCUCUGGAAAUUGGGUAUUGAAUAAUGUGUUGGGGAUAUCUCUAUGUAUUGCUUUUGUCAGCCAUGUGCGUCUUCCCAAUAUCAAGAUAUGUGCAGUGCUCUUAUUGUGUCUGUUUGUGUAUGACAUAUUUUGGGUGUUUUUCUCUGAGAGGUUUUUUGGAGUGAAUGUGAUGGUUUCAGUGGCCACACAACAAGCAUCAAAUCCUGUACAUACAGUUGCUAAUAGCUUGAGUCUUCCUGGGUUGCAGUUGAUCACAAAGAAGUUGGAAUUGCCCGUCAAAAUUGUCUUCCCCAGGAAUCUAUUUGGCAGUCUAGUCCCAGGAAAUGCUGCUUCUGACUUCAUGAUGCUAGGUCUUGGAGACAUGGCAAUUCCCUCAAUGCUUUUAGCAUUGGUGCUUUGCUAUGACCACAGAAAGGGUAGGGAGUCUUGGAAUACCUUGGAUGGAUCAUCUUCAAAGGGGUUUAAGUACAUAUGGUAUGCUCUGACUGGGUAUUCAAUUGGACUUAUUACUGCCUUGGCUGCUGGCAUCUUGACGCAAUCUCCUCAACCAGCUCUUCUAUACUUGGUGCCAUCUACCCUGGGACCAAUUAUUGUGAUUUCCUGGAUGAGGAAGGAGCUAGCAGAGCUGUGGGAAGGCUCAGCUCCAAAUAUGAAUGAGAAAACCCAUUUUACUGAGGCAUGAAGAUUUCAUUUCCUUUUUGGGAUUUAAUAUUUCUGGACAGAGCUUAUCUUCUUGUAGCCUUAGUUGGUAUUUCUCAUCCAGUCAUCCCUUCCCUAGGUAAUUUGUUCAUAGGAAAAUUAUAGAUUUGUUUUUAAGUAAAUUUCAGAGGUCACAACUUUAUUUUCGAGACUUCAAAGUUCAAAUACAAAAUGCAACUGCUUACCAUCAACUUAUCAUCUUUUGUUUUCCCUAAUAGUCUCCAACGCUGACUAUCCGAUUCCUCAUGGGAUUUCAGUUCAAGAAAUGUCUCAUCAUAAGUUACAACUUAUGGAACAUUGAUCCCUGGAAUGUGCUUACUUUUUAAUUUCAGUCUAUAUUUACAUGGUAG